UCCCUCUCAACCCCCAGCUCAAAUGGUAUAAAGACGGAGUGACCAGGUGUGAAUUUCACCUCCUUCACAUCUGCUCACUGACUGGUGUGGGACAUUCAAGGCUAAUCAUGAGCAGAAACUACUUGUCCAAAAACAAUGAGCUCCGCAAGGGAGACUACCUGAUGUCCAACAACGGGGAGUGGAAGGCUGUUUUCCAGGAUGAUGGUAACUUUGUCAUCUAUGGCUGGAAGCCUGUGUGGGCUUCAGACACUUACGGAUCAGAUGUUUUCCGCCUGUGCAUGCAGGCUGACUGCAACUUGGUCAUGUACAACAAGUGUAAUGAACCCAAGUGGCACACAAACACAUACAUCAGUGGGGAGGCCAACAUGUGCCGUCUUCAGCUGACCGACGACGGCAAACUGCUGGUGUUCAAGGAAGGUGAAGAACUUUGGAGCUCUGCUACCUCCAAAGGCACGAGAUGAUGUUAUGCAUGACAAGCCUUUUGAAAGUGAAUGCUCUGCAAGUGAAAGUCAUCCUUGGAUGUCAGCACGAAUUACAGUAAACCUGUCUGCUAUGUAAUCUGGAAUCAAAUAAAAACACAAUUUCAUAAUUAUAAA